UUAUGAUAUGCGUUCAUUGGGAGGGAGAACUAGGUUGAUUGAUUGUAACUUAGCUUACCUGGUGUGGUGGGCAAUGGCAGUCGUUAUAACACCAGUGUUAUGUUUCAUACACGGUCCCCGCUUACGAAUUACCACAUAUGUAAUUUUGGGGAGGUAUUUUUUGUAUGGCUGACAAUUUGGACAAACCAUUCGUGACCACUGGGUUGGAGCAAUUGUCGUUAAAUGUCUUGCUCAAGGACACAUACGCCCAAAAUGGUAGCAGCAGCAAGGCUCGAACUCCUAACCCUCUGGUUACAGACAAGAGCAUUAAACGUUAUAUUCACCGUAUCGUGUUGUUUCUUAUGAACACCUCACGCGACGAUGAUUUGUGUUUCUAUGUCAAAUAAAACAAUGGUGGGAACCUCGUUCAACAAACCGGAAUUGUUCUAUUAACCUCACUUUACCGUAUUUUGCCGCAAUUCGUCAAACAUGAGGUUUUAUUCAAGAACUAUGGGGUAUACGCCGGUUAAACGGAUGAUCAACCGACAGAAAAGGUUUAAAAAACUUCUUUUAGCGUCGUUUGUUGUUUAUUUUGUGUUCUAUCUUUACCAGAGGUGGCAGCACGAAGUGAAGCGAAGAAAACUUUUGACCGAUUACUUUGCGCCGAAGGAUGAGAGAAGUUACAUCGAAGACCCCGUGAGAUGUAAAGUUACAAACCUCGGCUGUUUAAAGUCCCGCAAACCAUAUCCCAUCCACACUAAAUAUAAGUUCAUACUCGAUCAACUAACUUCAGACCUUUGCAUUAAGAAAUGUUCUAAACGGUAAGUUGAGCUGAAACUGUUAAUAUUAA